CCCAUCUUACAGUCCACCACCGCACCGACCACACAUUACCCCAUCCGGACCGAGGGCACGUCGAGACGUGGAAGGGCGAGCUGGACUCUCUGCCCACAUUUAGCCAUUUAUUUGCCUCAAUAUCCAUGGUUUGUUUGUUGUAGGCAAAGGAAUUGCGUGUUUUGGUACUUUGCAACCAGCUGUUGAUUCAGAGUGUCCCACGGAAACAAAGGCUCCACGGACAAGAAACUGGACUGUUGGACCAAACGCUGUCGGAGGUUUAUUUCCCUAACAAAUGUGGUUUUGAAAGAGUCUGAACAAUCGCCGGGGAACACGUGUUAAGAUGGAUGUGAGGCUGCUCCUGAUUUCAGUUCUGCUUGGACUCAGCAGGGCACAAAUAGAUGUUAACGAAUGCACCAAGGCCUCGGCCCAGUCCUGUGGUGAAUGCAUUCAGGCCGGAGAAAAAUGCGGCUGGUGUACAGACGAGAACUUUCUGAAACAGGGUGAGCAGAAAUCCACACGCUGUGAUGAGCUUGAUGCUCUGAUUAAGAAGGGCUGUUCUAAUGCCAGCAUAGAAAAUCCUCGGGGAACAGUUAGAGUCAACAAGAACCAACCUGUAACAAACCGCACAAAGGAUGGAGUAAAACUGAAACCAGACCAGAUCACCCAGAUUCAGCCACAGAAACUCACCCUAGACCUCCGAUCAGGUGAAGCUCAGACGUUUCCUCUGAAAUUCAAGAGGGCUGAGGAUUAUCCCAUAGAUCUCUACUACCUGAUGGAUCUCAGCUACUCUAUGAAAGACGAUUUAGAGAAUGUCAAAAACCUGGGAACCCAACUGAUGAAAAAAAUGCAAACAAUCACAUCUGACUUCAGGAUUGGUUUCGGCUCCUUUGUGGAGAAAACUGUCAUGCCAUACAUCAGCACGACACCAGCCAAGCUGCUGAACCCCUGUACAUCAGACCAGAACUGCACCAGCCCGUUCAGCUAUAAAAAUGUGCUGAGUCUGACUGAGGAUGGAUCUCAGUUCAAUAACCUUGUUAGCAGGCAGCAGAUCUCAGGAAACCUGGACUCACCAGAGGGAGGGUUCGAUGCCAUCAUGCAAGUGGCUGUCUGCGCGAAUCAGAUCGGCUGGAGGAAUGUUACCCGUCUGCUUGUGUUUUCCACGGACGCUGGAUUCCACUUUGCUGGAGACGGAAAACUAGGCGGCAUCGUGCUUCCUAAUGACGGGAAGUGCCAUCUGCAGGACAACAUGUACACCAUGAGCCAUUACUAUGACUAUCCAUCCAUUGCACAUCUUGUUCAAAAAUUAAGCGAAAACAACAUUCAGACCAUUUUUGCAGUAACUAAAGAGUUCCAGCCUGUUUACCAGGAGCUGAAAAACCUCAUUCCAAAGUCAGCUGUGGGCACACUAACCUCUGACUCCAACAACGUGAUAGACCUCAUUAUUGAUGCAUAUAAUUCUCUGUCCUCUGAGGUCAUUCUGGAGAACAGCAGGCUGCCUGAAGGUGUGUCCAUCUCCUAUGUGUCCCACUGCAAGAAUGGAGUGAGUGAAAAAGGAGAAAAUGGGAGAAAGUGCUCCAACAUCUCCAUUGGGGAUGAGGUGACGUUUGAGGUAGCGAUCACGGCUAAGGGUUGUCCAUCUAAUGGCAAGUCAGAGACGAUAAAGAUCAAGCCACUGGGCUUCACUGAGGAGGUGGAGAUCGUCCUCAACUUCAUCUGUGAAUGUGAGUGUCAUAAAGACGGAAUCCCAAACAGCCCAGCGUGUCACUUCGGCAACGGUACCCUGGAGUGUGGAGCAUGCAGGUGCAAUGAGGGACGUAUCGGCAGGACUUGUGAAUGUAGCAAAGACGAGGUGAGAACAGAAGAUCUAGACGCAAACUGCCGCAUGGAUAACGGCACAGACAUCUGCAGCAACAAUGGAGACUGUGUUUGUGGGACUUGUGAGUGCAAAAAAAGAGACAACCCAGAGGAGAGAUACAGCGGAAAGUUCUGCGAGUGUGACAACUUCAACUGCGACCGCUCCAACAACAAGCUCUGUGGAGGUCAUGGUCGUUGUGAAUGCCGAAAGUGUAUCUGUGAUGCUAACUACACCGGCAGUGCAUGCGACUGCUCUUUGGACACCUCCACCUGUCUGGCCAGUAACAAACAGAUCUGUAACGGUCGGGGCACCUGCGAGUGUGGCGUAUGUAAAUGUUCCGACCCAAAGUUUCAGGGUAUAACCUGUGAAAUCUGCCCAACGUGCCCUGGAGUUUGUACUGAGCACAAGGAUUGCGUCCAGUGCCGAGCAUUUGGUACUGGUGACAAGAAAGACACAUGUGAGAAAGAGUGCGGUGGCUUAAAUCUUAAAGUAGUGAAGAAGAAGGAGGAUCUUCCUCAGCCCAAUGACCAGCCCUACAUCAAUCACUGCAAAGAGCGGGAUGCUAACGACUGUUGGUUCUUCUUCACCUAUGCUACCAAGGAAGACGGCACCAUGGAGGUCCAUGUGGCGGAGGAUCUUGAGUGUCCCUCUGGCCCUGACAUCAUCCCUAUCGUAGCGGGUGUGGUCGCAGGAAUCGUUUUGAUUGGUUUAGCGCUUCUGCUCAUCUGGAAGCUGCUCAUGAUUAUUCAUGACCGCAGAGAGUUCGCCAAGUUCGAGAAGGAGAAAAUGAAUGCUAAGUGGGAUGCGCAAGAGAACCCAAUAUACAAGAGUCCCAUUAAUAAAUUCCAGAAUCCAAGUUAUGGAAAUAAGGGCGUCACACUCUGAGGUGAGAACCCCAUUUACAAGAGUGCUGUGACAACGGUGGUCAACCCUAAAUAUGAGGGCAAGUAAUGGACAAAUCUGUCCAUCUCCAAGCAACACUGUAUGCAGAACAAUUCAAGAGGAACGGAAGAGUUGAAGUUCACUUCUUUUUUUUUUUUUGUUUGUUUUUAAAUCACCUUUUGGCUGUGCAUUUGCCACUGUUCAGUAUAAUCCUUUAACCUGUGUUUCUAUGCAUUGUUUUGGAACUGUACAGUAUGUAUAAACUUGAGUUUUUACUUUUUAUGCAAUUUUAGACAAUUUCAGUUUUGAUUUUUAGCCACAGAUCUGCCUUGUUUUUUUCAUAAAUGGUAAAACCAGUUGUGUUGGGUUAGAUGACAGGGAUUUUGUAAGUAAGAUGUGGUCAAGAGUGCAUUAAGAAUGUUAUACAAAAAGACAAGACACAAUUACCAGAACCACCUGCUUUAGUCCAAUAUCUAGUUGAUCAUUAGAGUCAGUUUGUGUCUUAAGAUGGUACAGGAAAUUUUCUGAACCUGUGGAUGGAGUGUCCUGUCACUGGUAUAGUAGGUAACUGUAGCGGACCACUGCUGUUUGUACACAUGGUGCUUUUAAUGUAGACGCAUAUGUCGUCUGCAUAAUUCUGGGUGAUUUGUGUCCAGUCUAUAAUGUUUAGGUCUGUGUGACCUAUGGAUCUGUGUGCUCACGUCGCCUUUCUUUGGUCUGCGAGUCAGAUGGUUUAGUGACCUUUUUUUUAUUAUUUUUUUAUUGUCCAUUUUGGAUUUAUUAAUGUGCACAGAUUAGUAUCUUUUUAAUUUUCACAAAAUAAUAGACAACAUUUGUUGUAAUUUCAUAUAUCAAGUGUUUGAUUCAAAUGCCUUUGACUUGGCAACAUUUGAGUUGUUUGAAAUAUGUUAGAGGGACAUUUUCUGUGAAUGGAACAAUCAACUAUAUUAUUAUAUUGAAAGCAUAAGUGUAAAGUCAUAUGAAAAGAUCUUCAGGUUUUAGAUUUGUUAUAAGAAUGAGGAAAUGAAAUCUCAGGUCCCGAAUUUCUCUUUCACUGAUGCCAAAUAUUUACGUCUACUGUGCAAGACCCAUAUUUUGUUGUUUCUGUUAGUCUCCAUAAGUGGAUUUGCUUCAAAUCUGUUUUUGUAAUAUAACAUUGUUCAUAAAUAAGCCUAACUGCUCAAAUUAUUGUUUGUAAAGAUCAGUGUUAUAUGGAAGAUAAUUUUUUUUUUUUUUUUUUUUUUACUUUUUUUCUUUAAAGCUAUUAAAAGCUUAAUCACGUUACACACACAAUUUGCAUUUGCAAAAAGUGCCUUUUUCUCUUUUUUUUUUUUGUUUUUGUUUUUGCAUCAUGCCCACUGUCUUUUGUGUCUAGGAGUUAUUUAUUAAAAUAAAGAACCCAAAACACUGGA